AUGUUGGAUUGCGGACCAGGGAGAAGCUCAGCGAUGCGGAUUUCUUCACAAAUUGCAUCGAGAGACGUAGUGGAACGUUUGACUCGAAAGUGGAAGGCAGAAAAGGAAAACCUACAACGGUUGCCGCCAACAAAAUGUGCUCGCCGCUUCAAAAAAACAAAAGUGGUGGGAAUUGAGGAAGCUGUGUAUAGGUGCAUUGUACAGAAGCGAGAAGCAAGCAGAGCUGUGAUGGUUAAGGACAUUAAAGCUGAAGCUUUACGGUUCAAAUGCCCUUUGCCAUCAUUUAUGGAAAGACCGUGGAUAAAGUUAGAACUGAAGCUGUGUAUAUUGAUUCGACAGGGCACGAAAAAUCGAAUUUUACCGUUGUCUUCUCCGUAA